AUGCGCACUUUCAUCACCCUCGCUGCUGCGCUCUUCGCCGGUGUUGCCUCGGCCACCAACAGCCAGGCCAAUGCUUUCAAGAACCCGGCUGGUGGUUAUACCUUCACUGCCGGUGAGGCGACUACCCUGAGCUGGAACGCCGAUGCCGGUACCACCGUCACUCUGCGCCUGCAGUACGGUGCGGUCUCGACUGCCAACUCGGGCACCAUCAUUGCUUCCAACAUCGACAACGACGGCAGCUUCACCUGGAACGUCCCCUCGGACCUCGCAUACCAGCCUGACUACACCAUCGAGAUCAUCGACGACCAGGACACCUCCAACUACAACUUCUCCCCCCGCUUCACCGUGUCCGGCGCCGUUGUCGCAACCACCACUACCUCUGCCUCUAGCACUUCUACCUCCGCGACCUCCACCUCCACUACCGUCUCGACUACUUCCACCAGCUCUACCAGCUCCACCAAGACUUCCACCUCCUCCUCUUCUUCUUCCACCCCCACUACCUUGACCACUUCCAGCUCCAGCGCUAGCUCCAGCUCCACCGCCUCGUCCACUACCCAGUCCAGCACUAGCGCUGCUAGCACCAGUGCUUCUAGCACUACCUCUGCUGCGUCGGUGCCUACCACCAACGCCGGUGUUGUGAACCGCGUUUCUGGUGGUCUGUUGGCUGCCGUUGCUGGUGUGGCUAUGUUGUUGUAA